AGACUUCUAAAUUAAAGUUUGGAAAUGUAUAUUCAUUCUAAGGUCCAAUAAGGAUUGAGAACAUGUGUUAUAUUUUAUCUGACCCGAUAAAAUAAAAUAUAAUUAAAACAGUCUGGAAAAUACAACUUUCAGGAUCGAUUGUACACUCGGGGACACAAAGGGUUGACCUCCCACAUAAGUGGGGGCCAACCCACGUUUUUCUCUUUCAAGAUAGAAGGGGAGCCGCACAAUGGCAUGGGGAAGCAAGGAGGAAAUUGAUUGGUAGACCAAUCAAUAGAAAAAAAUGGAACUCACCUUUGGUAUUAUUGUGAGAAAUGCCAAAAAGCAUUCUCAAUCACUCCAACCCAAUCAGCUCGACCAAGCCACUUCCUUUUUGGUGAGAGAAGCUCCGAAAAUCAUCAUUUCAUCUACCAUACACGCACAAAGCAAGAAGAGGAAAAAGGAAGGAAAAAGAGAAGAGAAAAGAGGAGUUUAGGUGGGAAAACUUGUGGUUCACAAGGUAAUGACUCCAUUAAUCCCAUUUCUUAUCUUUAAUCAUAAUUUCAUACCCCUAGUAUUUUUUUACACAUUUAAAAGUGUAGAAUGGGGGUUGAUAGGUAGUUCUAAGUCCAAGAGCGGACUUAGGAGCCAAAGCGACCAGUUCGCCAGAAAAUAACCUUUUAGAGGUUAUUUGUAUUAAUAUGAGUUUUUUUUAUUAUAAAACCUUGUUAGGAACUUGUAUAAGGUGUUCCUAGUAUUUCCACGGAAUUGGAAUAGUUUGCCGGAGUUUCGCCGGAGUUCAACAAAGCUCGUCGGAGUUUCGCCGGAGUUCAAUCAAGAAGGGUAGAACACAUUAAAGCUUCAUUUAAGAAAGGAGAAAUCACGUGGACACCAAAAAGGUCAAGGAUUAUCACCGCUAGGCUGGAAGAUCUGUAAGUUCUGACUCGGAUCUGUUAUUAUUGUUUUAUUCGUUGAUUUGUCAUAACCAGGGAAGAUCUAUUUGGGAAAAGUUUAAACUUCCGCUGCUGUACUUUCGAGGUACGUUACAUCAAUUUCCUAACAAUGGUAUGGUAUGGUAUCGUAUCGUAUCGUAUCAUAUCGUAUAGUAUAGUAUAGUAUAAUAUAGUACAGUACAGUACAGUAUAGUACAGUACAGUACAGUACAGUACAGUACAGUACAGUACAGCACAACACAGUACAGUACAGUACAGCACAGUACAGUACAGUACAGUACAGUACAGUACAGUAUAGUAGUACAGUACACUUUGCAACUUCACUGUCUGAAGGUACACUUUGCCAGAAAUCACUUCUCUUACUGAACCAGGUGGCUCAGCAGUUCCCUGGUUUCACUCAACUGCUGAGACCUCUACUUAGGCAAAAACACCUUAAAAUUCUCAAGCUCAGUAUCCAAUCAGGAAGCCCUCAUCACACUAUACAAGGUCACAUAAUCACUAGAAGAGUCGCUCUUUCAAAUUCCAGGAACUCACUCUUCAAGUAUAGCAGAGACCUCGGCAGUCCCCUGGUGACCACACAACUGCUGAGCCCUCUGCUUAUACAAACUUACUUCCUGUGAGCAUCUCAAGUAUCAUCACAGUCUCAUAACAUCUCUAGUAAGAAGGCAGUCUGAGCCAAGCUACGAAUCCCAGUUUAUAAUACAAGCAGGUGACUCAUCAGUUACCUCAGUACCACCCAACUGCUGAGACCACUGUUGAAAUACAGCUGUAGCUUCCUUUCAACUAAAGGAUAUUGUCCUACUGCCUUCAGCAUUCUAAACAAUAUUCCAUCAUCAUCUUUAUCAUAAAGUAUGUAUUUGUCUAGCAGUUGCCUCAGCAGUUCCCUACUACAUAGCCAACUGCUAAGCCAACUGCUAGCUAUCUAAGUCCAAUCUUCCUCAGAUCAGAAAGUGGUUAAAACACUCAUAAUAUAAAGGGUAAAGACUUCCGCUGUGCAUCUAUUAAUCUCUCAAAAGAUUAUAGAUCAACUCCUCUAGAGGGAAAUCUUUGUAAAGGUCAAAAAGAUUUAAAAGUCUAUUCACCCCCCCCCCCCCUCUAGACUUUUACCCUAUCCGGGAUCAUCAAGUGGUAUCAGAGCAGAGUGUUCCUAGAGUCAGUUCCUGACUAAUUUGAACUAAAGAUCCAAACCACUCAACUUCCCAAACACUUUCUGAAAUGGACAAACGGUUGGCAACAGAUUCUUUGCCUAACCAAAACAUGUAUGAUGACUGGAGAACCAAGGAUGUCUGGGAUGAGCUCUCAAUGACUCAAUCAGUUGAUGAUCAAAAAGGCUCAAGUGAUAAAAGCAGUUCAUCAGGAGAUGAAGAAGAGACCCUGAUUUGUCUCUAUGGAAUGCACCAUGUUGAAAACUUCUCCAAUGACUGUUCUAUGGCCGGAACUACAAGCAAUGAUAACGAUGAGGUAUUAUCUAGUUCUUCAAACAACUCAUUUCACUCUAGCUGCUCCAGUGUUGACAUGGAAGCUCUACUCCUUCAAUUUGAAAACUUUCAAAAGGAUCACCUUCUUUUAAUGAACGAAAACUGUAGACUUCAAGUUAAUCUAAUAGUAGCCCAAGCUCAAAUGGGUGAAGUGAUAAAGAGAAAUGAUUUUCUUGAACUCGAAAACUUCAGUUUAAAAGAAAGGUUGAGCUCCCUCACUACCCCUAUUAGUGAGGAAAUCCAUCACAACUGGAAGAACACAAGAUUGGGAUUCACACCCUUAUCCAAGCCAUUUGAAGACUCUCCCAAAUACUCUCCUAUCACAAAACCCACCACAGAUCCACAAGACACAAGGAAUUCAAACCACCAACAACCUCACUCCCAAACUCUGUCAAAGAAAAGGACUCAGUCCUCCUCCAGACCAAAAUCCAAACUUCCCUACAAUUUCAACUUCCUGAAUAACCAACCAAAUCAAAGACUUGAUUGGCAACCAAUCAAUAAGACCAACAACUUAUCUCAGAAAAAGCUGAUCACUUCUAAUGCUCAUAUUCCUUCACCCCCUCACACAAGGAAUAAUGAUCACAAACAUAUAGCCUUUUCUAAUGGAAACAUAAAUCCAAAUGGCUACAGACCCAUCAGCUCAAACUCAAAUGGUCCAAAAUUGGUAUGGAUGCCCAAACGCAUUCAAGGGAAGAUGCCCACAAACUUGUGGGCUGUUACUCAAAACCAAUGAAAAUGGGAAGGUGUUGGAGUAGUCAACAUUGAAAAGAUUUAUCUUCAAGCUACUCCAUGCACAUGAUAGUUAGCAGGGGGCUACUAUCAAGUUAUGAGAUCUGGAAGAAGGACCCAAUUUUACAAAUUGGGAAUGGGAAGAAAAAGGAGAAACAAAAAGAGCUGGAAAAUCCAAAUCAAAUGCUAACUUUCAAUCCAACCUAGGAUUGAAGUUCAAAUUCAAGAAGCACAAGCCAGCUCCAAGAUAAUGUUCACACUAUGACAUUCUCCAUGGACAUCUGUUUAGAUGCCCAGAACAAAGUUGUGCCAACUGGUAAAGGAAUAAGAAGAAGCAUGGUAUUGAUUGGAGUUUACAAAAGAAGGAAUCUGCUCUCCAAAAGCAGAUUCAUACAUGAGUUGAAAAUGGCACCACAUCAUAGCCAUCUCAAGCUCAAAAACCAUCAAGUGGUACCAUCAGGUGGUAUCAUCAAGUGAUAUCUCCAUCUCAAUUACAGAACUCAAUAAGUAAUUGAGCAAACCAUGCAAGGGACUUUUCUUGGAGAUCACUGGAAAGGCUCCAAGCUGCCCUCCCAGACAAGAAGCUAAAAGACUACUCAACUCUGGAAUCAGCAGUUGACUCAAGUAAGCAGACCACUGCCAGCAGAGGACUACAAUGGGAGAUCACUGCCAGCAGUUGACUCAUUUUAAAUCAACUGUCCAGACGUUUCAACUAAACUAAGCACAAAGGCUUAAAAGAUCCCAAUCUUCACUCUACCAGAUGAUAAAGGAGGAUGAGCAGGUAUCUCAAAUAAACCACAUUGUUUGAACCUACAUCCUGCUCAGAAAAUUAUUGAUAACUAGAGAAGCCCUACAGAACUCUGACUACACACAAGCUAUGAAAGAAGUACUCAAAGAACAUUUCCUGAAAGCUUGUGUCCAAAUCCUAUCAUCAUCAAGUGAUAGGAACAAAAAGGGUCUCCAAAAAUGAAGGAAGGCAUCAUUGUUGAGGAUAAAGCAAAACUCGUGGCCAAAGGGUACUACAAAGAAGGACUAGAUUUUGAUUAAACCCCUGCCCAAAGUUGCCCCAGUAACGUCCUACUAUCAGAAUAAGAGUUGCUUCUCUAUCUGACCUUAAGACCCAAGAAGAUCUCUGUUCAAAGCUCUCUGAUAAGGUUCUCUGAUGAGGCUCUCUGAUCAAGGUUCUCUGAUGAGGCUCUCUGUUCAAGGUUUUCUGAUAAAGUUCUCUGAUAAGGUACUCUGGUCUCAUCACAAAUGCACCAACUCUAACUAGCACUGGAAGUGCUCAACGUAUUCUGGUCCAUUACAACAUCAUUUGCACAACAUCCUUAACAAUGUGUUGCCCAUAAGGAAAUUCACAUACUGAAUGUGCCUUCCUCAAAACGGUCUACUAGAAAAAGAGGACUACGUGGAGCAGUCCCC